AUGCUCAGAAGAAUGCAUGGAAUUGAUAAAUUUAGGAUCGAUGGCGGUAGAUUUGACAUAGAAUAAUGCGUCACCUAGUCAUGUGGAUGCAAUUAAACCUCAAAUAAAACUUAAGUUCCAGUUAGUUUAUUUGUUUGGUAAAUAAAGUAGGAUAUUUCUCAUACUAACAUAAAUAAUUCUCCUUAGAUAAAAAUCACUACAGAAUCUAAGAAAAAUGAAGAAUAGUAAUAAAUUAUUAAUAAAGUUUAUGAUCCAAACUAUUAAGAGGAAACAUAGGUAGUAACCAAAAUUGAAACUUAAUUGGAUCCUCCUUCUAAUGCAUUUAGAAAGGACGUUUAAUGGCAAUAACUUUUCAAUGAGGAAAUGACUACCUAAUUCUACAUGAAUGAUAUCUAAAUUGAAUCAGUUAUUACUACCUUUUUGCUCUAUGCUAUCUUGAUAUUCACAGGUUACUACUUGCUCGUUAAAUACGAAACCAGACAAGAGUAUCUAAGAUAAUAGAAUAAAUCGAUUAUUCCUUCUGCUUUUAAAAUAAUGAUUGGAAAGGCUAAUUAAGGUGAUUAUUUGGAUUAUGACAGGAAGAUAAAGUUCUUAGAUGAUUAAGAUUUCUCAGUCAAUGUCCUUUGA